AUGGCUACAACUGCAUUAAACAAAUCAACUAAGGCCAUUAUAUUGGUAAGCUGCACCAAGAGACUAGCAGUCAGAUAUUUUACUACUCAGCUUACAGAAAAGCAAUUAGAUAUCCAAAAGACCGUUAGAAACUUUACUAAUGAGCAACUAAAACCUUAUGCAGCUAAACUAGAUAGAGAGGGAAGAUAUCCUUACAAAGAGAUAAAGAAACUGGCCGACGUUGGAUUUAUGGGGGCAUGUGUCGAUCCAGAAUAUGGAGGUUUGGGAUACGACUAUCUUUCUUUGGCACUCGCUGUUGAAGAAGUAUCCAGAGGGUGUGCCAGCACGGGCAUGCUGCUGUCCAUACACAACUUCCUCUACGCUAAUCUGGUGAACGAGAAGGGUACACCAGAACAGAAGGAAAUGUUCUUAAGGAAUUUUACCCAGGGAUGUAUUGGUUGCUUCGCGUUAAGUGAGCCUGACGCCGGCAGUGACGUAGCAAAUAUCGGUACAACAGCAACAAAAGAUGGUGACCACUGGAUUAUUAAUGGCAAGAAAAGCUGGGUUACAUCAGCUAUAGAAGGCUCAGCCACUGUUGUGUUCGCGACAUUUGAUUCAGCGCUGAGACAUAAAGGAAUUGUUUGUUUUCUAGUUCCACUGGACUGUGAGGGUGUUUUUCGUGGUAAGAAGGAAGAGAUAAUGGGUGUAAGGGCGGCAACAGCUUGCACCUUAACCCUGGAGGAGGUCCGUGUGCCUAACAGCUACGUGGUGGGUCAACCAGGGGAAGGUUUUAAGAUCGCCAUGGGACAGCUUGAUCAAGCUAGGAUUGGUAUUGCUGCGCAUGCUGUAGGCAUAUCUCAGGCGGCUCUAGAUACUGCAAUAAGCUAUGCUAAACAGAGAGUUGCAUUUGGAAAAAGUUUAUCAAGACUACCCUCAGUUCAAGACCGACUAACAGAAAUGUCAGUUAUGGUUGAAACUUCGCGCCUUCUUACGUAUCGAGCGGCGACUCAGGUUAUGACAAAAAAUAGUGCGAUGGCAAAGUACGUGGCUGGACGAAAUGCGGCCGCAGUGGCUGAUCACUGCGUACAAAUAAUGGGAGGGAAUGGAUUGUCCACUAAAUAUAACGCUGAGAGACAUUAUAGAGACGCAAGAGGAACUCAAAUCUACGGCGGAGUUACGGACAUACAGAAACGUCUAGUCGGACAUUUCCUACUCAAAGAGCAUGAUGCUUUGUGA